CCAUAGCUCCAUGCCGAGAAAAAAUCACGGCGAAAUUCCCGACGGAAAUGGCGUAUCGUAGAUCCUCGAGAGCAGCAUCACGCGAGGUUUCAGGACCCUGGCGGCGUCGCGCCUUCGAUAGCCGCGACCGUGAUCGGAGCGGUGAGAGGCCCAGCUUCAGGCGAGACAGGAGUCCCAGUUACGUCGUGCUGCGCGCUCGCGACCGCUAUGACUAUCGUGAUCGCUCGCGGUCACGGUCAUACCGCAGGUCGGAGCGACUUCCGUCCCGAUGGAGCCCUGUCAGGAGCAUUUCACCUUCACCUCGCCCAUCCUUCCGAUAUGAAUCGUUGGAAAGACCUCCCAAAGACUUGGAGGUUCCUCCAAAGCGGAAGCGACGAGUGAGGCAACGAGGUGGGUCCAUGUCAUCGCGACCCCUUCCCGAAAGACAAGAUCCUGACCGAUGGUCCCCUAGGCGUCCCUUGGAUGGCAAGGUGCUAGAGAAGGCUCUGAAGGCUCAAGGCGACAGUCCGAGAGAUGAGAGUCGAAAUGGGCACAAAAUGAGGCGGUCCCGAAGCUCUUCGCGCACAGAUGCUGGACCUCCUGGGAACUGGGCUGUCCGCAGAUCGCAGGACCACUACAGAGCCAGACGCAGGUCAAAUCAAGAAUAUCUUCAAAUGGCCCAACAGGCAGCCAUGAUGAGAUUUAUGCCUCAUCCAGGAUAUAUGGCCAUGAUGGCCUCACAACAGAUGGGAAUGAUGUCGCCACAGAUGAUGGGGAUGCAGGCUCCCAGAUGGGCCAAAAAAUCUGCGACAGGCAGAUCCUCCAGCAGCGACAGUUACAGUAGCAGCAGCUCGGGUCAGCAACGCCUUCUGCCGGGAGGAACGAUGUUUCCAGUACCUCCUCCACUACCUGCUGGACCUGAUGUUGAGGGCUUUCUGAGAGACCACACUUUAGAGGCAGAGGUGGCAGACCGACUGCGGCUGAUGCCGCCGCAUUUGCAGAGCGAGGUGAUGCGUCGUGGGCCACUGGACAGUCGGAGUCCAACAUCUAUGUUGCUGAGCCGCAUGAAGCAGGCGCUUGAAGCGGAUCGGAAUGGAGAACUUCAUCGAGGAGCUGUGGCCCCUGAUGCAGGGAUGCGGCCGGUGAAGCAGACGACCAAAAACGCCAUUGAGGCUUUGAUCAGCGACUUUGGACUCAGCCCCGGCUGUUCCUGGAUGCUUCGCUCCUUAACGCCGGACAAGCAAAAGCUGGCGGCCAAGAUCGACCCCACGGGUCAAGCUGAUCCAUCUGGGUAUGUUGCGGAGGAAUUGAAGAAAAUUGUAUGAUAUAUGCGUGG